GAGCAGCAAAGCCCGAGCGAUGUCCCUGGCUGGGAUCCGGUGCCUGGUGACAGGAGCUGGAGGAUUUCUUGGCCAGAGGAUCGUCUGCUUGCUGUUGGAGGAAGAGGAGGCUCUGGCUGAGCUCCGGCUGCUGGACAAAGCCUUCAGCGACGAAGUGCUCGGGAGAUUUGGAAAGUUCCAGGGUAAGACUGAGGUGCAAAUCCUGGAAGGGGACAUCCGAGAUGUGACGUUCCUGCACCGUGCCUGCCAGGGGGUCUCCCUCGUCAUCCACACCGCUUCCAUCAUUGACACCCUGGGCCUCGUGGAGAAGGAGCUGCUCUGGGAAGUGAAUGUGACAGGUACUCAGCUCCUGCUGGAGGCAAGUGUCCGCUGUAACGUCCAGCACUUCAUAUACACCAGCACCAUAGAAGUGAAAGGCCCAAACUGCAAAGGUGACCCGAUUUUCAACGGCGAUGAAGACACAGCCUAUGACAGUACAUCAAAAUCUCCUUAUGCCCAGAGUAAGAAACUGGCAGAGGAAUCUGUGCUGAAAGCAGAUGGCCAGACGUUAAAGGACGGUGGCGUGCUGACGACUUGUGCCCUGAGAUCCAUGUACAUUUUUGGAGAAGGAUGCCCGUUUCUUCAAGGUCAUCUGGAUAACUGUCUGCUGAACAAAAACGUCUAUCUGCGCUUCUCCAGGAAGGAGGCUUUGGUGAACCCCGUGUACGUGGGGAACGUCGCCUGGGCACACGUGCAGGUGGCCAAAGCCCUGCAGGUCCCUCAGAAAGCCAAGCACAUCAGGGGCCAGUUCUACUACAUCUCCGAUGACACUCCUCACAUGAGCUAUGCAGAUCUAAAUUAUGAGCUGACCAGGGACCUGGGGUUUGGGAUCGAGCCCCGGCUCCCCAUGCCUCUGACCAUGCUCUAUUACUUCUCGCUGCUGCUGGAGAUCGUGAGCUUCUUGCUCCGGCCCUUUGUCAGGUACAUCCCCCCCACCAACCGUCACCUGGUCACGCUACUGAACACCCCAUUCACCUUCUCUUAUAGGAAGGCACAGAAGGAUUUUGGCUACACGCCUCGCUACACAUGGGAAGAGGCCAAGGAGUGCACCGGCCGGUGGAUUGCCUCCUUGGUCCCACGGAGAAGGGAGUGCUUGAAAAGCAAGGCUGCCUGA